GUUUUGUGUAUGAUACACUCAAACGCGGUGUUAAGAAAGGGUCCUGGACCACCUGGCAUUUUAUUUGGUUCACAAAAACGCACUUCUCAAACUUCUUACUUCUUUCUUAAAUAUUUUUACUCUGAUAUUCAACUUUCUGGUUUCUCAUUCUUGAAUUUGUUGACUGGGCUGAGUCAACUCGGUUUUAUGUUUGGUAGAUUUUCAAGAAUGUUUGUUGGUUUUUUAGAUGUUGAAUUGAUCAUAUUCUGAGAAAAUAAAUUGUGGGAUUGCUUUCAUUCUUGAGAAAAUGAAAGCAUUUUGGGAACUCAAAAGUCAUCUUUUGCUGGUGCUCUUGAUAUGCUUUAAUAACUUGAGUUUUUGCUGGUCUCUCAAUGGUGAAGGUGUGGCUUUGCUGAGAUUUAAAGAGAAAGUGGAGAAUGAUCCAUAUGGGGCUUUAUCAGAUUGGAAUCAAGAAGUGGGAGUGGAAAAUCCAUGUUCAUGGUUUGGAAUUGGAUGCUCUGAGGGGCAUGUGGUGGUUCUGAACCUGAAAGAUCUAUGUCUGAGAGGCACUUUGGUACCAGAUCUCGGGAACCUGGUUCAUGUGAAAUCUAUAAGCUUACGCAACAAUUCUUUCUCUGGUGUCAUUCCGGAAGAGAUCUCUAAGUUGAGCGAAUUAGAAGUAUUGGACCUUGGAUAUAAUAACUUCAGCGGACAGCUUCCAUGUCAUCUUAUCAAUAAUUUCUCAAUAGCAAUUCUUUUACUUGACAAUAAUGAGCUUCUUGGCAACCCAUAUCCUGAAAUUUAUGAGCUUCAAAAGCUAUCUGAAGUUCAAGUGAAUGAACGUCUGCUGUCCAGCGGCAUAGAAACGCUAUCUUGCAAUGACAGAUUAAUCUCAGGGAAUCUAGGACAAAUGGGAGAUGUAGCUCAACGGAAAUUGUUACAAGAUUUUAAAUUGUCAGUUCAAGCCUUAUUUUUCCUGCCACCAUCAUCAUCCAAAUCUGGAAGUUCCCCUACACCAGAACCAUCCCCUUCCCCUUCCCCUUAUCCUCUCCCUCCUGCUUCUUCUCCUGAAAAUACUUCCCCACGUUCACCCCCGACGAGCCCCCCUCCUUCUCCUGGAAGUGUUUCUCCAUCUUCACUUCCUAACCCAGCAGAAAGUCCUUCCAAGCCAGCUAAAAGUUCCAGUCGUAAUCAUCAUAGAAUUCUGAUAUUAUCUGGAGCCAUUGGAGGUCCUUUGUUACUUUUGUUUUUGAUCGCGGGCAUAUUGUUUUGUCAAUAUAGUAAGGUUGCUACUGUCAAGCCUUGGGCUACGGGAAUAAGUGGACAGUUGCAGAGAGCAUUUGUAACGGGGGUCCCAAAUCUGAAGAGAUCAGAACUUGAGAUUGCUUGUGAAGAUUUUAGCAAUGUCAUUGGCUCUUCAUCAUUCUGCACGCUAUACAAGGGUACACUGUCCAGUGGAGUUGAAAUAGCUGUUGCAUCUCUGGCUAUCGCCUCUGCAAAGGACUGGUCAAAUAUUCUAGAAGCCCAGUUUAGGACUAAGAUUGAUACACUAUCAAAAGUGAAUCACAAGAAUUUUGUCAACUUAAUUGGAUAUUGCGAGGAAGAGAAACCUUUCACUAGAAUGAUGGUUUUUGAGUAUGCUUCCAAUGGAACUCUCUUCGAGCAUCUACACAUAAAAGAAUCUGAACACUUGGACUGGGCAAUGCGGUUGAGAAUCGCAAUGGGGAUGGCAUACUGUUUGGAGUACAUGCACCAGUUGACACCGGUAGUACCCCACAGAAACUUGACUUCUUCAGCCGUAUAUCUCACUGAAGAUUUCGCAGCCAAAAUAUCGGACUUUGGCUUCUUGGGUUACGGGUCUUCAGCUCAGAUUGAACCAAAUCUGCAGAGUAAUGUCUACAGCUUUGGUGUUGUACUAUUUGAGAUGAUAACCGGUAAACUGCCUUAUGUAGUUGGUAAUGAUUCACUUGAAGACUGGGCAUCGGAUUAUCUUAGAGGAAUUCCAUUCCUUAGAGAAAUAGUGGAUCCAACUUUGACAUCAUUUCAAGAAGAUCAAGUUGAACAAAUUGGUCGUUUGAUAAAAUCAUGCGUUAAUCCUGAGCCGAGACAGAGACCAUCAAUGAGAGAUAUUGCUGCACGGUUGAGAGAUAUAACGUCAAUAGCCCCCGAUGCAGCAAUACCGAGACUAUCCCCUGUUUGGUGGGCAGAGCUUGAGAUUCUGUCUACUGAGGUAAAUUAAGAAUUCUUCUUUUUUAUCCUACAGAUGCAGAAAAAAUUCCCUGGAUGGGAUUUGCACAUAACAGAGAUAGAAAAGGCUGGUGAAUAUUUCUAGUUCACUCUUGUUAAAAUAUGUCAAAUGAAGAGAAAAUAUAGUAUACUGUAAAUUAAUGGAUAUAUAUUCCCAUAAGCGGGAAAAGGUAGUUCUUUUACUUUUGUAAUGAUGCUAGUUUGAUCUGGUUGAUUUUUACAUAAAUGUCUUUGUUAAAGCU